AUGUCAGCAUCACAUUCUUCAAGCAUUUCUCACAUCCCUGCUGCCACCUCAAAAUACAGUGUCAAGUAUGGAGGCAAAGCCAUAGAAACCACAGUCACUGAUAAGGCCGCUGUUGCAGACGAAUGGGUUCAAGAGAUCAGAAACAAAUACAGUGGCAACGCCAAAGUGGUUGUGGGAUUGGACGUGGAGUGGAAACCAACAGACGCAAUUAACGUCAAACCAGCUACUUUACAACUCUGCAUCAAUGACAAGUGCCUCAUUCUGCAGCUCUUGCACAUGGAGGAAUUCCCCACUUCGCUCAAGCGGUUCUUCAUGGACUCCAAGUUCACUUUUGUAGGAGUGGAGAUAGAAAAAGAUAUCAGUAAGAUUACUGAGAAGUACGGGUUAGAAUUCAGGAACAGGGAAGACAUUAGGGAGCUAGCCAUGAGCAGGAACAAGUAUGGGAUUACUGGAGACAAGACAAGCCUGAAAGAUCUGGCUAUGGUCGUUUGUAAUAUCCAUCUGAAGAAGCCUGUUAAUGUUCAGGCGAGUGAUUGGGAGGCAUCGACAUUGAGCUCGGAACAAGUUGAAUAUGCUUGCAUGGAUUCUUACGCCUCUUAUUGUGUUGGCCACAAGCUGGUCAUCGGUUGA